AUGGAGACAUCAGAAGGAGCUGAACUCUGCUUUCCACUACUCAACAAUUCCUGCAGGAAACCAGUGCCGCCUCAGUCCGAUGGCAUGCACGUUCUGUUGUCUUCCAUCUCUCUGCUCACUGCAGCUCUCAACCUACUGGUCAUCAUCUCCAUCUCCCACUUCAGGCAGCUCCACAGCCCCACCAACCUCCUCAUCCUCUCCCUGGCUGUGUCAGAUUUCCUCGUGGGCCUUCUGCUGAUGCCGGUUGAUAUCCUUUUUACAGAAGCUUGCUGGUACCUGGGUGACUUCAUGUGUGCUCUGUAUUAUGUUGUCGAUUUUAUAAUUACUUCUUCUUCGGUUGGAAAUAUGGUGCUCAUAUCAAUUGAUCGUUAUAUGGCUAUUUGUGACCCUCUACAUUAUAACACCAGAGUUACUCUGGACAGAACGAAGAUCUGUGUUUGUCUGUGUUGGAUUUACUCUGUUCUCUACAAUAGUCUCAUAUUGAUGGACUUUCUAAAACAACCUGAUUUGCAUUAUUCCUGCUACGGAGAAUGUGUAGUUGUUCUUAACCAUGUAACAGGAUCUGUUGAUGUUGUCUUUACCUUUAUCGGCCCCAUUACUGUAAUCAUAGUUCUGUAUAUGAGAAUAUUUGUGGUGGCUGUGUCUCAGGCUCAAGCCAUGCGGACCCACAUUGUAUCGGUCACACAACGGCGUCCAGUGGGUGUAACUGCUAAGAAAUCUGAGAUGAAAGCAGCCAGGACUCUUGGUGUUGUUGUGGUUGUGUUUCUGAUAUGUUUCUGUCCAUAUUACUCUCCAUCCCUUACAGGUGAGGUUAUUGAAGACAGUAGUUCAUCCUCACCCUUUGUAGUCUGGCUGCUGUAUUUCAACUCCUGUCUUAACCCGGUGAUAUAUGCUUUCUUUUACCCCUGGUUUAGAAAAUCUAUGAAACUCAUAGUCACCCUCAAGAUACUGCAGCCCGGCUCUUGUGAUGCUAAUAUACUGUAA